CUGACCCGAGGACUAAGCGAUUGUUCAUACGAAUUGACCAAAUACCAAAGAACUAUUAUUCUCCGGGUUAGGGUAUCAGCCUAGGUAUCCCAUGAAGCUGAAUCGAUCACGGGAGAAAUGUGCCAGAAAUGGAACUUCUAGAAAAAUAAUGAAGAAGGAUUUAUUAGUUAUUAUUAUUACUCAACGGGGUCAUCGGCCGCUGUUACCAAUAUCUCUGAUUCAGUCAUUUGAUACUUGAACCAUGAUUCUUAUUAUAAUUUAUUUAUUUGGUGUGUCACGAUUUGUACUAGAGACAUACUCCGCACAGAUUAUAUGAAGGAUCUACAUAUUUUAUCUAUUCGGAAGCCAAGUGACCCUGAUGAAAAAAAAAAAAAGUACUAAGCAGACAAUGGAGGGAAGGCCCAGUCGCCGAAAAUCGAGAACCCCGAAGAUCACAGAACGGAAUGAAUCGGACACUGGCUCUCAAAAUGCGUCUGCCGGAAGAACAACAAAAUAUUGGCCCUGCAGCAUCGUGAUUUGUCCACUGAUUUUAUGCAUCCUCACUGCAUUGUUUUUCCUCCAGCAGUUCACCACACCUGACUCAUUGCGCUUCGUACUAGCCUCCCCUAAGAUUCACCAUGGUGAAACGCUGCAUUCCCAAGUGCACAACCCUGACUUAACUCGCCCGAGCAUAGAGCUUCAUCCAGAGGACCACGUAUAUCGGGGACCAGUGACACAACACCUUGACUGGGUGGUCACUGAUGAUUACCUUCGCCCAGAUGGGGUGUUGAAGCAGGUCUACCUUGUCAACGGUAUAUUCCCGGGUCCAACUCUUGAGGCCCGUUCUGGCGAUACACUUAUAAUCAAUGUCACAAAUGCACUACAAGGGGAACCAAUCUCUAUCCACUGGCAUGGGCUUCAUGUUCAGAAUACAAUGGAUGGUGUUCCUGGAGUGACACAAAAUGCCAUCUCACCCGGAUCGACCUUCAUGUACUACCUGACUAUUCCCCAUGACCAAAGUGGCACCUUUUGGUACCAUGGCCAUACCGGAACCUCGAGGGCGGAUGGCCUAUACGGCGGCUUUGUUGUGCAUGCGCCUUCUUCCAGGCCUACUGUUCGCGGACUCAUGGCCCGUGACAGCGCCGAGUCCUUGCAGUACGGUUACGAAAGAGAGUUUCUACUUCUGAUUGGGGAUUGGUACCAUCAGCCUGGUGAUCAAGUCUUGGCCUGGUACAUGAGCAUCGCAUCUUUCGGAAAUGAACCAGUGCCUGACUCGCUGUUAAUCAACGGGGCGGGCAGCUUCGACUGCUCUAUGGCUGUGCCUGCUCGACCCUUGGAUUGCAUUGAACAACAGAUCAACCUCUCGUAUCUAUCAGAUAUAGACACAGCCUAUAGAUUGCGCGUCGUCAACACCGGCUCCUUAGCAGGGUUUACUUUAUCAUUCGAAAACAAACCCCUAACCCUGAUCCAAGUAGACAGCACCGACGUCGAACCCCAAGAAGCCCCAUCAGCAGGAAUUCUCUACCCAGGCCAACGCAUGGACUUCAUCCUCCAACCCUCUAAAGGAGAACUCACAUCUCUAACAAUUCAUUUAGACCAAGACUGCUUCAACUACCCAAACAUAGCCCUAACGCCAACCCAAACAUUCCAAAUAACACCCUCCCACUUCCCAUUACUCCCCCAAUCCCUCCCAGAAGACACCCUAGACCUCCACAACACGCCCUCAAAACCGUCCCUCCUCUCAAACAUACCUGAAAACCCCACCCAAACACAGGUAAUCUACACCAAAACCCAAAAAUUAAGCAUAAACCACAACAUCCCGAACGGCUUUUUCAACCGCACCUCAUGGCGUCCGCAACAAAGUUCCCCACUUAAUACCCUCCCGCGCGAUAAAUGGGACGAUAACCAAUUCUCAUUGGCCGUGCCUGAUUCCGAAUGGGUUGAUGUGGUGGUGAAUAAUCUAGAUGAGGGGGGUCAUCCGUUCCAUUUGCACGGUCACCAAUUCUAUAUUCUUAGGGUUUAUGAGGCGCCUAUCGGCUGGGGCUCGUAUAAUCCUUUUGUGGAUUCGGUUCCGCCGGGGUUGGAGUCCGAGUCCGGGUAUGAUCUCUCUCGUGCGAUGCUUCGGGAUACGGUGUAUAUUCCCAGUCGGGGUUAUGCGGUUUUGCGGUUCCGGGCGGAUAAUCCGGGGGUGUGGUUGUUCCACUGUCAUAUUGUUUGGCAUUUGGCGAGUGGGAUGGCGAUGUUGGUUGAUGUUGGAGAGUAUAGUAGCUACCAGUAGUUGAAGAUGUAUGAUACGAGGUGAGCCUUCAUGGUGUUCUGGUAAAUUAUAUCUCAUGGUUGGUAUUAUUGUUGUUCAAGUACUUCCAAUUUAGGAGGUAGAACGUGAAGAUGCUUGUAAACGUUCAAUGCUGAACGAUGCUAUUAGGUAUGCUCCCUGCAACCAAUAUGCCCGUUCCGAGGUACCCUUACCCACCCAUUUGAAACAGA